GGCCGGGGCGCCGCCGCGCGCUCGUGGCGGCCGUUACAGCCCGGCGGCGAGAUGCUGCCCCACGCCGGGCACCUGGAGCAGCAUCCCUUCCGAGCUCCGGUCCGUAGGCAGGGCAGGCACCGCUUCAGUACCUUCACAUCUGCCCGAAUACAGUAGUGGGCGCACACGGUUCGGGCGAAUCUAAAUCUCCUUUAGGUGAAUGGCAUAACAUGUGGACAUGAUGAGCUGAGAAGUUAGAAGACCCUGAAACAACUUUCCUGACAAUAUCAGGAAUGUUUCUUGAGAUGGACAUGCUGCCUGAUACAGCUGCCUCUUCAAUCCUCAGUUGCCAGCCCAUUUGUCAGGCAGCUUAUAAUAACGAUUUCAAUGAAGUUCAGCUCCUUUUGGAUAAAAACAGCAACUACCUGAAUAUCCAGGACAGCUUCAGUGGAGAUACCCCCUUAAUCUGUGCAUGCAAGCAGGGAAACAACAGAAUAGCUAGCUAUCUUCUUAAAAAGAAUGCUGAUGUCAACCUCAGAAACAAGAAACACCGCACAUGUCUGCAUUAUGCUGUCAGAAAACGGUUUACCUUCCUUGAUUAUGUGCUCAUCAUAAUCCUCAUGCCAGUUUUGCUUAUUGGAUAUCUUCUCAUGAUCUCAAAGACGAAACAGAAUGAAAACCUGGUCAAGAUGUUGCUUUGGGCUGGAGCUGAUGUUAAUGCUACAGACUAUUAUGGUAGCACAGCCCUUCACUACGCUUGCAAAAUGAGAAAUCAGGCAGUCAUUCCUCUACUGCUUGAAGCGCAUGCAGAUGUUUCUGUAAAGAACCAGGAUGGGGAGACUCCUUUAGAUAUUGCAAGAAGACUACAGUUCAGCAACAUUGAAAGCAUGCUAAGGAAAACUUCCUAAUGCUUGGUGGGACUUUAUCAAGGACUGCUGAAAGUGCAGAAAAUCACUCCAUCAGGCAAUAUGUUCUAUAUAGCAGCAAGAGUCCUGCAGGGGGCUGCAGACUGAUAAUUGAUAGAUACUUGAUCCAAAUUGAUGUAGGCUGUGACUAUUUUGUAUGAGACUUCUGAGUACCCUCAGAUCUGUUUGGACUGAAAGGAGUUUAUCUGCUUUUACUAAGCUGUGAAUGAGUACAAUUGCAUUCAAAAUAUUGCUCUUCCCAUCUGCUCCUCCAGUUUUACUGCUUAACUUGCAAGAUAAGACUUCUGGAAACCUAAGCAGCAUACGUGAUGAUAAGCAGCCAAUGAAGAAAUAAAAUAUCCUUUACAGUCUGUGUUACAGCUUCCUUAGGGGAUACAACAGAAAAGUAUACCACAGCAGCAUAUACAAGGUCGGGUACCUAAUCUCUACGUAUUUCUUUUCCUGCCAUGGGAACGACUAUUCAAAUUGAUUGCUCUGCUUAGCACUUCUUCCUUCUCUCCUACAAAUUUCACCUACCUUCAUUCUCAAGAUGCUGCUAUGAGAGAAGGAUUAUCUUAUGUUCUUACAUAAAAGAAGCAUCAAGAAGAGAUUGAAUUAUUGGAGUCCAGAAACAAAGACAGUUCCCAAGUUGCUUUAAUGAAUUAAUAAAUAACAAUGGAAAUCUGUUUAAAGCAAGUCUUUUGACUACUUUUCCAAUAUAAAAAAAAUUACUAAAAAAAGUAAAACAGUGAAAUGCUGUAAUGAUGGGAGCCAGAUAUAUUAUUCUUAGGAAACUGGACAGGAUAUUAUGCUUUUAAGAGUGGUGCACACAGCAGAGAGUGCACGUACCGAAAUAAUAAGUUCAUGAAUCUUUUAUUGCAUAGGUAAAGACAGUAGAAAACUAGAAGUGGUAAGCAAUUUGUUAGCUUGGUCUGCCACUUUGUGGUUUAAUAAUGCACUUAUAAAUGGGAGUCUGCUUUCUAACACUGCUGUGUCAUGUUUCCUCUGUCUAAUGGAUCUUUAUCUCUCUUAGCAGUUUUGACCAUUUUGUGUAAGCUGUCAUAAGUUUGGAAGAUAGGUGCUAUGAUCAGCACUGCUAAUGGCUGCUAGACUAGGUGCAUAGACAAAGUUAGAGUAUGUUUCCUGUGCUGCAGCAAAGCUGGCACAUUUUUCUUUGUACCUAUCUUAUUGGAUACUGACUCCAACUGCAGACAGUCUUGGCUGAACAUAUAUUCAGGCUUUAGGUCCCUCCCAGAAUCACCCCAGGAAACAAAGCUACCUGUCUGAACCUGUAGGGAUGACCACUUUGUAUGCAACAUGAGGACAGGUACUCAAUCAGAUCAGCAUGUAUGUCAGUAGAUGUGAAGUACUUGCACGGAUGACAUAGGUUGAAGAUACUGUCUCUUUCAGCUAAUGGCUUGGAAGGGAAAACAGUUGAAUGCUUUCACAUAUUUCAGAAAUUCCAUGAACAAAUUUUGGCCAAGAGACAAAAUUAUGUAAAAUUCAAAGUCAAUACCACAGUGCUUUCAACAACUUAAUUGCAUAUAUUAAGAUUACUACAUGGGGUGACAACUGUAUUGGUUGGAGUGUGGCUUGCUUGAUGUAUCUACAUCCUCUUAUUCCUCAUUUACAACCCCUGGUCAUUGUAGCUGAGGUUUAGAGUGCAUGAACAAAUCUUUGGGUGAUGUGUGGGCAAGGAGGGCAGGAGAAUACUUGGAUAAGUCCAAAAAACAAGGCUGAGAUUGUCUUUGAAAUUGAAUUCCUUGGUAUUUGGAAAUCACUGAUUGCCUGCUCCAGUUCCUGUCACUGAAGAUUUCUUUCUCGUCAUGGCAGUGUUAGUAAAUUGAGGAGGGAAAAAGAAAAAAAGCCAAGUGCUCUGCCAGGUGGACAAAAGGUUCAGUUUAAACAUAGGACAAUGACACUGUGGAGUAUGUAAGAUAUACAAGAGAAUAUAUCAUUUAGGCUUAGGAAAAUCAGUAUUAUGUAAGUAAGAGCUGUCCAAAUUAAGUUAUCCUUGAAAAAUGUGACCUAAUGUAUUUGUAUUUUCAGUUUUUGUUCCCAUAUACUUUAAUUUUCUUAGAAAGAUACCAGUCAAAGUAACAUCAUGGAAAACCUCAAACUAUGCAGAAAGCAAGAAAUAAGCAAGUGCAGGUAAACAUCUAUACUAGAAUUCUUUACUCUUAUGUCUGUGUUUAUCUUUUCCUCAGGUAUCAUCCUUCUUGCGAAAUAAAAAUUUUGGAGAUUU